AUGAAAAUGACCAUAGACAUUCUAAUCCUAGGAGCAGGCUGGUGUUCGACCUUCAUGAUUCCCCUUUGCGACGAGAAAUCCAUAACUUACGCAGCCACAUCUCGUUCCGGCAGAGAUACUACUAUUAAAUUCGUCUUCAACGCGGACUCAGAUGACCCGGAGCCAUACACCGUCCUUCCCAAUGCUCGUACCAUCUUGAUUACCUUCCCCAUCGACAAGAAGGGCGCUUCGGAGAGGCUGGUUAGACUAUACAGUCAGAGCAGGGGCGAGGGCGGUGACGUGAAGCCAAGGUUCAUCCAACUCGGAACGACGAACAUGUGGGGGGGUUCGCGUCUGACUCGGGGCCAGAAUGCGCAAGGCGCUGAUGCAGCUGUUCAAAGUGGCUGGUAUGACCGUCGCUCUCCUUACGCCCCCACUCCCCGAGCCGAGGAAGAGGCAGCAUUGCUCGCUCUAUCACCCGCCACUCCUACCACCGUUCUCAACCUCGCUGGACUUUGGGGAGGGUCUCGCUCACCGAAGAAUUGGGUUGCGAAGAUUGCACCGUCAAAAGAGGCUCUCAGGGCAAAGGGGAGCUUGCAUCUGAUCCACGGCCUCGACGUUGCUCGCUGUGUUCUUGCGGUCCAUAGUGACUUCGCGAAGGCGCAGGGCCAGCGCUGGGUACUCACGGAUGGCCGUGUGUACGAUUGGUGGGACCUUGCAUCGGCCUGGGGUUCUUCUCCUGUCCCGACUACGGAGGAAUCCUCCUCGAAUCUUUCGUCCUCUGAAGAUCGUGGACCACAGGCCAUGUGGAUCCGAGAGUUGAUGGACGAGGCCGGAGUGCGGGCGUUACCCCGAAACGUCGAAUUGCUUGGUCGCGCGUUGGAUUCCAGGGAGUUCUGGACGACGUUUGGGUUGACACCGAUAAAAGCAAGAGUAGAGGUGUAG